UGUGAACCAGGAUAUGAGUAAAAGCAACAUCAUUGAAAACUUAAAGAGUAACCAAGCACUGCUGAUAAUGGAUUGGGCAAUGAAAUUCCUGCCUCAAAGUUUUCGGGAAUCGCAGCAAAACUGGUUUGGGAAACAGGGUUUGAGUUGGCAUGUUGCAUGUGCAGUUUUUCUAGAUCAUAGUGCCAAUGUAGAGAAUCAGGAGAACAAAUUUCACCUCGUGUCAUUUGUACACGUAUUACAAGGAGGAAGUCAAGGUUGGAUCUCAGUAGCUAUGAUUCUUCAAGAUGUUCUAGAAAAACUGAAAUGCCUUAAUCAGCAUCUUUCCGAAGUUUAUUUAAAAUCCGACAAUGCAGGAUGCUAUCACAGCAUGCCACUUAUGUCCUACAUUUGGAAGAAUUAUGACUUGCUACAGCUCAAAGUAAAAGAGUAUAAUUUCAGUGAAGUUCAGAGUGGCAAAGAUCUGUGUGAUUCAAGAACUGGUACAUGUCGCAUGCAUAUUUUAAAGUAUGCAAAUGAAGGUAACAAUGUGGAAAAUGCACAUCAACUGAAAAAAGCCUUGGAGAGUUAUGGGGGAGUUAAGAACACAUUCAUUUCACUGGUUGAUAUCAAUACAGAAAAUCCUCCUGUAUUGUCAGGAAACAUUAAAAACUUCAAGAUUAGUCAGAUGAACAAUUUUGUGUUUGAAGAAGAAGGCAUCAGAGUGUUUAAAGCUUAUGGUGUUGGUCAUGGACACUUGAUCCCCAAGAGCACUCUUGAAAAGAUAUCAAGUAACUUUGCCUUUGAUGAGACCAGAAUUGAGGUCAUAGAAGAUUCUACAACCAUGCCAGCGACACAUUUACAAGCAGCACAGUUGAGGCUACCGUUUGGAUCUUCAGAUGCUGAAGACAGUGGAGACCUGAGCUGCACUGAACCAGGCUGUAUUCAAACCUUCAGGAAACCAUCUACUUUAGAAAAGCACCUUGCUGUUGGAAAUCAUUUAUACCACAGUUUAAAUGGAAGUGCCGAUGUUGCCAUGGAGUUGUGGGCAGAAAAGUGUUCGGAUUCUGUGUUUUAUAACCAGUCUCACCUCAUCCAAUCUUCAUUGAUUUCAAGUAAAGACAAUCAGGUACAUACCUGUGUAUCAAAUUUGAAAACAGGAUGGGCUCUGAAGUUGGACAGAAAAUUUGUUAGAUUUUCAUUGGGUGUAAAAAAGUUCGUGAAAGACAUUUUUGAUGAUGGUGAAAAAACUGGAAAAAAGGCAAACCCUGUGUCUGUUUCAUUACAAAUUCGUAAUGAACGGGAUGAAUAUGGCAACCACAUAUUCAGUCCAAAUGACUGGAUUUCCUCUCAGCAAGUUCGCAGUCUCUUUGCCCAGUUUCAGAUAAAACUGACUAAAGAGAGCACAGACAGAGAGAAGAGACCAAAGUUAGAACUCACUCUUAAAUCUGAGGAGGAUGAAGAUUUAAAUGAGGUUAUUAGUGAUCUGAAUGCCAUGGAGGCAUUCAACACAGUUAAUUCUGUUACUGAUAUAUGUCAGCUAUGAUUUCUAUGUGAGCAUAAUUUACUUGGUAGGCAUUUCAUCUUGAUUUUCACAUACCGAGUAUGCUAGAAAAAAUGCAUUUAAUCGAUGUGUAGGUGCAUCAAGAUUGUCAAAAGUAAACUUUCAAGUAGAAUAUAGUAACUACUGUAUGAAAUAUUUUUUUUCAUGUAAAAAAACCAUGAAUAGAAAUUUAUGUAAAUUUAUGCAGUUUUUGAGGUUUGAGA